CACUUCCGUUCCACAGAAGGCGAUACGCACUAGCUCCGGCAGUGGGGUGAUUCAGACACAAAGGAGGACUCCAGGAGCGAAGAGGCCAUAGCAAGUAACUCCAGACCAGAGAUAUUAGCUAACAAGCUAACAUUAAUUACUGUGAAGAAGGCCUGAGAAUGUUCCCAUCAAAUGGUGGUUGGCCACACAGACUAACUAACUAGCUGUUGUUCACGACCAUGGAUCCAUUUGUUCCUUCUGGGCGCUUUUAGUAUUAGCUGACGGUUCCUUCUAAUUUCUUGUCCAAACCGGUAUGUCGGAUAAGGAUUCGUGUGUCAGCACCAGCUCUUCGUCUUCUUCCUCUAAUCAAAACAAACCGAAGGACACACCUUGCAAGAAACGGGAGAGCAAAGCCAGUAUGAGCAAGACCUCCAAGCUGCUAUCCACCAGCGCAAAGAGGCAUGUUUGUUUCUGCAGGAUUCAGAAAGAGCUGGCAGAUAUCACGCUGGACCCUCCGCCAAACUGCAGCGCUGGUCCCAAAGGAGACAACAUCUAUGAGUGGAGGUCAACCAUCCUGGGACCACCGGGCUCUGUUUACGAGGGAGGGGUCUUUUUCCUGGACAUCGCCUUCACACCCGACUACCCCUUCAAACCACCCAAGGUAACGUUUCGGACAAGGAUCUACCACUGUAACAUCAACAGUCAGGGGGUGAUCUGUCUGGACAUCCUGAAGGACAACUGGAGCCCUGCCCUCACCAUCUCCAAGGUGCUGCUGUCCAUCUGCUCUCUGCUCACAGACUGUAACCCAGCUGAUCCCCUGGUUGGAAGCAUCGCCACCCAGUACACGACAAACAGAGCCGAGCAUGAUAGAACAGCCAAACAGUGGACGAAGCGGUACGCCACAUAGGCCCAUAGAGCACAGCCGUGUGGGGGGGAUUUCUAUUUCAGAUUUUUAGUACUUUAUUGUCUGGUUUAUUUUUUGGUUCCUGAUUUUAAGUUAUCUGUGCAAAUAUGAAAAUAAAGAAAAACAAUUAAACAAUA